AUGCUUCAUAGCGGAUGCCGAGGAAGAAAAGAACUCAGCUCGGUCCGAAAAAAACACCUUCAAAAUGCUUUGACAGAUGACGAGACGAUUAAGGCUUGCGGUCUUUAUGAAAUUUUCAUCAACAUCAUUGGAGAAGCGAGGCAGUUCGGUUGCCAUGGUCGUAUAACCGACAAUUCGUAUGCUGUGCUGAAGAGAGUAGCGAGUGCUUUCUUGUGCCUUUAUUUGGCAAAGGACUCCUCACAACCAGUCAACCAAAUCCUCACGGAGGCUGUUGAGAUGAUCUUGCCACGAAAACACUCAUUGGAACCCAUAGUCAGAUAUUUUCGACGUAUUGGAAACACUGUGGACAGCCGUGUACGUGUACCGUCCGAUUUGGCUGUGUAUAGAGAACUAGAUCGGCUGGUUGAUUAUGGACUCUUGGUAGCAGAUUCAAAGGCAAAUAAUGUGGUAUUCAGGAGAUGUUCAUUGAAUGUGCAUUCGAAAACGCUCGGUGAAAUACUACGAGGUGUCACUUUGCCUAUGGCUAUUGGAUACUGGUUCGAUACGCAAACUGCAUGA